AUCCUAAAUCCCUCCCGCCUCCCCCUCUCUCAGGAUCCUGACGUCAGGAGGAAGGAGUGUAUAACGUGCGAGGCUCAGGGUGCAACAUCACACACGCCAAAUAUUUUCAAUUCAUCAGGAGCCUUCAGCAGCCUGACGACAGGAGGGAGGGGAGAGAAGAAAAACCUCGGAGUGAGGCUGAGCGUGAAAGGACCGCUGCUCCCCGCAAGGUUGAAGUAAGAGCCAAAACUGUGAGCUCGCUCUCCCCUUCCUGUUGCCACUUUCCCCUCCAAAAGACGGAUCAUCCUGCCAUCCACGCCAUGUCGUCAGACCCAACCACGCCUCCGACAGUCCCAACUCUCCACUCCCCAAAGUCGCCUGUCUGGCCCACCUUCCCCUUUCACCGGGAGGGAAGUCGGAUCUGGGAGCGGGGCAAUCUUCUCCUCCGGGACCUGCCCAGCCCCCUCCCCACCAAAAGAACCAGAACAUACUCUGCGACGGCUCGUGCCUCCGCUGGCCCUGUCUUCAAGGGCGUCUGUAAGCAGUUCUCACGCUCCCAGGGCCACGGCUUCAUCACUCCAGAAAACGGCACAGAGGACAUAUUUGUACACGUGUCUGACAUCGAGGGGGAGUAUGUCCCCAUGGAAGGAGACGAGGUCACGUACAAAAUUUGCCCCAUUCCACCCAAGAACCAGAAGUUCCAGGCUGUGGAGGUGGUGCUCACCAACCUGGCCCCACACACAAAGCACGAGACAUGGUCCGGCCAAAUAAUCGGCUCCUAGGCUUUGGGUGGAAUCUACAUGGGCUGGCUCAGUCUGGAGGCAGAGUGGGUGUGGGGGACAAAGUCUGGGACAGCUGUUGUGGGGGGGGGAGAGGGAGGGAUCACAUUUCUUGUUUGCAAAGUGACAUGUAGCCGUAUCCAUUCUGUGUCUUUUAUAAGAUUACAUUCUUGUUUGUAACUGUGUCUUCUUGAGGGCAGAGGGAGAGGCAGAGCUGCUUUGGGGCAGAUUCCCACUUUCCUACAUGUCAUGAGCUUGUGUGGCCUUUCCUCAAGGACAUGUGCAGAAGCACCUGCUUUGUGUUAGGAGAGAAGAGGUGUGAACCCAGCAGGAGUUGAUGUCAAGUUUACCCUGCUGCCUAUGCGAUCCAAACUCACCACUCUUCCCUGAUCCCAACUCCUUCAGGAAGCUCCAGAUCCCCCAUGCAGGGGGCCAGGACAGCCGGUGUUCCAGCCCCAUAACUCCCCCAAAGCAGGCUCUAAGGAGAGCCAGGGGGAAUGAGGGGUGGACAGCAAUAUCCCCAGAGAGAGUGGGCAAGGAGGCACUCAUCAUUUGAGGGCCAGGGCAGCCCCACAGCAGGGCCAGUGCAACCACUUAGGCAAACUAGGCGGCCACCUAGGGUGCCUAGUGGUUGGGGGUGCCUAAAAGCCUGCUCAGGCGAGGAGGUGGAGUGAAAGUGAGCUGGGGAGGGCCACACAGGGGGAACUACUCCCUGCCCCAGAUCACUUCCACUCUGCCUUCUCUGCUGGGCACACCUUCCCAUGCUCUAAGUCUCCUCCAAUCAGCGCUGCAAGCCUGGGAGGGGAGGAGAAUUAGAGCGACGCCGAUGUGCUCAGUGGAGGAGGUGAAGCGGAGGUGAGCUGGGGCAGGCUUCCCAGGUGGGGUUAGCUGCUGCAGGUGGGGGGGCUCCCUGGGUGGGGUUAGCUGUGGGGUGGGGGGGUGGCUGCUGCGGAGGCCUUCCUGGGUGGGGGGCUGGGUUAGCUGCCACAGGGUGGGGGUGGCGCAAGGUGGAAGUUUCACUUAGGGUGCAAAACUUCCUUGCACCGUCCCUGCCCCACAGACUCUUAAAGAAGCAGGUAGAUUGAAAGCUCCAGUUAGGGGUUCUAGAGUCUUUCCUGGGACACUCUCACCUGGCAAGAGAUGGAAUUUAUUCCCCUUCCCCUCCAGCCAGUGAGGGGAGAAAAGAGGCAAAAUGGCAUGUACCUCCUCCAGGUCAUUUUAUACACCUGCCUGCUGGCUCUAAGCAGCUGCAGAGUGAACAGCUGUGCUCCAGGGGCUUUGGAUCUGGCCACUGCUCCAGUGAGGCUCAUUUGCACCCUCUUUGCCUCCUCUCUCUUUAAUUUCCCCCAAAUACUGGCAUCCUGAGCCUGGGGAGUGGACUGUUUUUUUGUUUUUUGUUUUUGUUUUUUUUAAGACAAUGGAAUGUACCACUGUGCAGGGGGAUGGGGGAGUCUUUUAAAAUAUGAAUUAAGUCUGUCCCCCACAACCCUUCCCUCAGAUCUCCACACAUGAUUGAGAUUUGCUAAAUCUCAUUAAUGUGGAGGAAGAUGUCCUAAAAACAAUGAGGUUAGCUUUGAAAACCUCUUCCUGUUAGAGCACCAGGAGACUUCGUCUCUAAUCUGUAUAAACUCAUUGUGUGGCUUUGGGCAAGUCACGUAGGCAACAGGCUCGGAAGGGAUCUCUGAUUCUUAUUUCCUGGUGCUUCAGAUUUCAGUGGCCCAAUUUGAAUCCUCUUGGAUCUGAUGUUCAGAGGUGCUGAGCACCCACAGUUCCCAGUCACUUCAUCUGGAGCUGUGUGUGCAUGGCACGUCUGCAAAUCAGGGCCUAGGUGUCUCAGUAUAUGCUUUUCUGAACCUUAAUCUCUCUGCCUCCAUUUUCCCCAUUGGGAUGAUGAAGUCUGUUCUCCCUCAGUCCUACCCAUUUUGAGGCCUGCGCUUUGUAGGUCCAUUAGAAGUGCUAGUUGGUAUUUACAAUCUUACUCAUACUCCUUUAGAAAUCUUCCUCCUUCAGAUGUUCACAGGUCAAACAGCCCUGUAUAGAUGUUUGUGUGGUGUUUAUUGUUUUGUGUGUGUGUGUGAGAGAGACCAGGAAAAAGCAUACCAAACCAAGAAGGCAAUGGGAAUAAAUCUAGACUCUCUAGUUACUGAUGUGCUGUCCAGUCAUGCAGACUCACUAGAUUGUAGGCUAGAUGCUGUCUUUAAUCUUCAAGAGUGCUCCUCACUAGCUACACAGCUGGAUAAAUAGUUUCCUGCAUUAGGUUAAGUUGAUUAAAUUAUUUAAGCAAUUUAAUAUAAUAAAUCUUUGCAAAUGCAAAAUGUAAGAUUUUUCUUUUUUAGGAGGCACUCUUCUGAAGUUUCUUCUAGCGUGGUACAGUCUGGUUCCUGCUCCCCCAUCUCAUACACACACAAACGCCCAUGGUUUGCUCCUGUCUUUAAGUGUCCUAGUUGUUGUGGCAACUCUCUCUGUCUCUGUGACCCUGUGGAUUUCCAUGGCAUAAUUGCUGUGGUUGCUAUGGUACGAUGGUGUGCUGUAUGUACAGGUCACGCUCCUGGGACAGGAUAGGGAGGAUUGUGCCAGGGUUGACUUGGGCUUGAUGGUUGAAGAAGGAGCUCUUAAUAUCCUGAUCUCACACAGCACCAUAGAUGCUGCAGAUGGAAAAGCCCUGCUAGGUUCACCCCCCACCCGGUGAUUUCUUGUACUGAUAAUGGAUGGAUAGCAGAGCAGAGGUCUGAGUUGGUAGGAACUGCUCUAUGCUGCUGCAUGGCCAGAGACCAGGGGUUGAAGAUCCCUCUGCACUUCUGCUGUGUUUAGAGGUGUUGCAGGUGAAGAAGCACUCUUCUUUGGAUGUAGCUGACCUGAGUUUUCAGCUACAGCUCCCCUCCCCUCUUGCUAAUGUAAAUUCCCUUUGUGUAUGUUUGUUGCUGGCUGUGGGGUGGGAAGUGAGGGAGAUGGAGGAAGGGCAUAGGUAGCAGUAUGUUCUCAGGGGC